ACGAGGCUAGCAGUAGCGGAACAUGUCGGCCUCGUUCGCAUCGUUAAGAACCCGCGGGUCGGUUCUCUGCUCGUCUCGCCUCGGUCCGCCGGUAGCGAUGAGACCCCCGGGGACCACCCGCUGGGGGGGGGGUCCCGCCGGCGGCCAGUGGAUGUCUCAAACUGGAGAACGCCUGCGACCACUGGAGGGCGUGAGAGUGUUAGACCUGACCAGAGUUCUGGCCGGUCCCUUCGCCACCAUGAUCCUGGGAGAUCUGGGUGCUGAGGUGAUCAAAGUGGAAAGACCAGGAGCAGGUGAUGACACCAGAGUCUGGGGUCCUCCAUUCAUCUCUUCAGAGAGCGUCUACUUCCUGAGCGUCAACAGAAACAAAAAGAGUAUCGCUGUUGACCUGAAACAUCCACGAGGAGCCAAGAUUAUCAAAGAGCUGACUGCAGUGUGUGAUGUGUUGGUAGAAAACUUCCUCCCCGGGAAACUGCAGCAGUUGAAUUUAGGGUUUGAGCAGCUGAGCAAAGUGAAUCCUCAGAUCAUCUUCUGCUCCAUCUCAGGCUAUGGACAGACAGGUCCUCGGUCUCAGAGUCCAGGCUACGACUCCAUCGCCUCUGCUGUGUCAGGGAUGAUGCACAUCACUGGGCCAGAGGGCGGGGGGCCGGUGCGUCCAGGUGUUGCUAUGACCGACCUGGCGACGGGGCUGUACGCACACGGAGCCAUACUGGCUGGACUGCUGCAGAGACAGAAGACUGGGAGAGGACUUCACAUUGACUGCAACCUGCUGUCCUCACAGGUUUCCUGUCUCAGCCACAUCGCUGCUAACUACCUGAACUCCGGGAAGGAGGCGAGGCGCUGGGGGACGGCCCACGAGAGCAUCGUCCCUUACCAGGCCUUUGAAACCAAAGACGGACACAUUGUCGUUGCUGCAGGAAACGACAAACAGUUUGUCCAAGUCUGUGAGGUUUUGGAGCUGAUUGAGCUGAACAAGGAUCAAAAAUACAAAACUAACAAACUGAGAGUACAGAACCGAAAAGAACUGCUACACACACUGUCCCAGAGAUUCCUGCAGAAGAACACAGCGGAUUGGCUGAGGAGUUUUGAGGGCUCCGGUGUUCCUGUUGGACCAAUCAACAGCAUCCAGGAAGUGUUUUCUGACCCUCAGGUGAAACACAACGAUCUCAUACAGGAAAUGAAUCAUCCAACAGCAGGACGCAUCAGUGUGCCCGGUCCGGCGGUUCGAUUCAGCAGCUUCACCCCAGGUGGACCAACGCCCCCCCCGCUGAUUGGUCAGCACACUGUGCAGGUGCUGCGGGACACCCUGUCCUACAGUGAUGACAUCAUCAAAGUGCUGCUGGAGAGCAAGGCAGUGGUCCAGAACAAGGUGUUCUGAUUGGCCGAUAUCAGCUGA